GGCGUGAUGGAUGCGAGCCGAGGGCUGGAGAACUUGCCUGUGAGUGUUUGGCCGCGGCUGGAGGAGCCUCCAGGAUUCCAGUACAGUCCAGACCAUGUGGCUGCUGCAGGAUGUGGACCAGACCCCUCUGAAAUCUCCAUUCCUGGAUGCAGCUGCCAGUCUGCCUCCUGCCUGCCUUCCAUUUGUUCAUGUCUUCCUUAUGGAGAAAACUAUAAGAAUUCAUGCAUCAACUUCGAAUGGAGUGAACUAGAUUAUUCAAAGCCUAUUUUUGAAUGCAAUACUAUGUGCCAUUGCGGAGAGUCGUGCCAAAACCGGGUGAUUCAACGGGGCUUACAAGUCAGACUGGAAGUCUUUAAGACAGCCAAGAAAGGAUGGGGACUUCGCACUCUCGAUUUCAUACCCAAAGGAAGAUUUGUGUGUGAAUACGCUGGUGAAAUCCUAGAUUUCAGAGAAGCAUGUCAGAGGGUACAGACGCAGUCACCAACUGAUUCAAAUUACAUAAUAGCCAUAAGAGAACACUUGUGUGAUGGACAGAUCAUGGAGACGUUUGUUGAUCCCACACACACAGGUAACGUUGGUCGGUUCCUGAACCACUCCUGUGAGCCGAACCUCGUAAUGGUUCCUGUCCGCAUAGACUCAGUGGUGCCAAAGUUGGCACUUUUUGCUGAUCGUCAUAUCUGUGCAGAAGAAGAACUUUCGUACGAUUAUUCUGGAAGACAUCAUAAUUACAUGCCAGACUUGCAGAGAGAUCAGGAAAAGCUACAUGGGGAGGAACUGAAAAAAAAGCCCUGUUAUUGUGGGGGCAAAACAUGUACAGGUUUCUUGCCUUAUGAUGGUUCUUUAUUCUAUGGACAAGACAUUGCAAGCGGCACAGAAGAAACACUAGGAAAGACCUAGGUGGCUUCCAUUUUCAUUCCAAAAACUCUUAUGCUGUGAUCUAGCAUGGAAGAGCAGCAUGUGGAGACAACCUUCCACACCUGUAGCUGAAAGCACCUCAGGUAGGCAUCACUAUCCAUGCUGCAACAAUAACUCAUUGAACUGCAUGGAUGAUCUGUGUUAUGUAGAGGCACCAGUUGUAUGUGGCUGGUUGCUGGGUCAGGGACUUUGUCCGGAGCAACUUUGUCUUUAAUGGAACUCCAAAAGAUGUUACACCCACAUAAAUGGCUUUCAUACCCUGACCUUAAACUCAUCUUCCAGGAAGCAAAGCCAGAUUUCACAGAAGCUUAUCUUUAUAUGAGUAGAGCCAGCAUCACAGGCACAGAAACAACAAGAUUUCUGAAGUAAAUGACUAAAAUUCUAAUAAACAAAGGAAGGGUAACUUGGACAGAUUGCCCAAUUAGCGCCUUAUGACCAAGCCUCCUCAGCAGAGACUCAGUCGAUCUAAAAGGUUUUUUUAUAAUAUAUUAUCUGUGUGCGUUAUCAAACACUGUCAUCUCAUGCAUCCUUUUUUGAAAAUUACUUUGUUCUUCCUCUCCCAGCUAAAGUUCAUCCAACAACCACUGAUGUUUCUAGUGUCCGAUCUGUCGAGGGGUUGGAGGCAGUGUUUUUCCUGGCUUUAGAAGCCCUUUUACUAACUUUUCUAUACAGUUGGAUGUAGAGAUGAGAUGGCUGUGUCCUGCAGC